AUGUAUGUAUCUAAACACCCAACAUAUAUUUGUGACUUAAAUGGGAGAAAUCUUACUCAUGUGUAUGCCACAGAAAAUUUUUAUCCAAAUUUAUACUUCUUAAAUUUCCUUACCAUAAGGCAUCAAGAGUGCAUGAAAAUAUUCUUCCUUGAUUUGCUCAUAUUUGUAAUGAAUAACUUAAUAAAUUUGUGUGAUAUAAAAGUAGUGUAUCAUGUUCCACCACGUUAUUGUCCCUUCCCUUUUCUGCAAAGGUACUGUUGGCUGGAAGAAAAUGUUAUGGUUAGCUUUCUAGGACAGUAG